AAUAAAAGACCUAAAAUUUUUGUCUCUCCUUGUUUCUUCACAACCAGCUUCUUCAGACGCCGGCCGCGAGCAGUUGAUGGUCCUACAGAGCUACCGGUGAUAUCCCUCUGCCACCGCCGGAUAUCUUUACACUUCCGACAAUUCUAGGGCAAUCACUAUCUGCGCUUCGAUAACUGUAUAGCUGCCGCAAAAAAAAAUGGUUUCAUUCUUCUUUGAGCAGCCCAUUGACGAAGCUGAUAUCCGGGACGAUGAAGACGACGACGACGAAGAGCUUGAGAUGCCGACUGGUGAUAAAAAGUCUCAAUCCCCAUGGGAUUUUGCUUCCUAUUCGGAAUCAGUCGCGGAUGAGCACGCCCGCCGCAGCACUACCUCUAUAGAUUUUAAAAUCAACAAAGCCCUAAAACAACGUUCAGUUCCUAUCCCUAAUGAGGAUGAUGAAUCCCCUGCCAACUCAGACCUAGACUACCAAGAGGACUAUACACCUGAAGACGAUGAUGAGGUGCGUAAUACUGGUAUUGUUUCCAGUAAACCAUUCUUUUCCCCAGCUGAGGGAGCUUCUUUCAAGGCGAAUUCAUUUAUGGAACUUAAUCUAUCAAGGCCACUGAUUCGAGCUUGCGAAUCCUUGGGUUAUAAUAAGCCUACUCCAAUUCAGGCUGCCUGCAUCCCAUUGGCAUUAGCUGGCCGUGAUAUAUGUGGAAGUGCUAUUACUGGCUCUGGAAAGACUGCUGCUUUUGCACUGCCUACAUUAGAGAGACUGUUGUUCCGUCCAAAACGUAUUCCAGCUAUUCGAGUCCUUAUUCUUACGCCCACCAGGGAGCUGGCCGUCCAGGUCCAUAGUAUGGUUCAAAAACUUGCUCAAUUCACAGACAUCAAAUGCUGCCUGGUUGUUGGUGGUCUAUCAACAAAGAUGCAAGAGGCAGCCCUGAGAUCAAUGCCGGAUGUGGUUAUUGCAACUCCUGGACGCUUGAUAGAUCAUUUGCGCAACUCUAUGUCUGUUGAUUUGGAUGAUCUUGCAGUUUUAAUCCUCGACGAAGCUGACCGUCUGCUGGAGCUUGGAUUUAGCUAUGAAAUUAAUGAACUGGUUAGACUGUGCCCUAAAAGGAGACAGACCAUGUUGUUUUCAGCCACCAUGACUGAAGAAGUUAAUGAUCUUAUCAAACUUUCCUUAACUAAGCCAUUACGCCUUUCUGCUGAUCCAACUGCCAAAAGGCCAGCAACAUUAACAGAGGAGGUGGUUAGGAUACGCAGGACGCGUGAGGUGAAUCAGGAGGCGGUCCUUCUCUCCCUAUGCUCCAAGACAUUCUCAAUCAAAGUUAUCAUAUUCAGUGGGACCAAGCAGGCUGCCCAUAGGCUAAAGAUUAUAUUUGGAUUGGCUGGUCUUAAAGCUGCUGAGUUACAUGGAAAUCUUACUCAAGCUCAGCGUCUUGAUGCUUUGGAACUAUUCAGGACACAACAAGUAGACUUUCUUAUUGCAACUGAUGUUGCAGCUCGUGGACUUGACAUUAUUGGUGUUCAAACCGUCAUAAACUUUGCAUGCCCUAGAGAUCUUACCAGUUAUGUUCAUCGAGUGGGUCGUACAGCAAGAGCCGGUAGAGAAGGAUAUGCUGUUACAUUUGUCACUGAUAAUGACCGUUCCCUCUUAAAGGCCAUUGCAAAAAGAGUUGGUUCAAAGUUGAAAAGCCGUAUUGUAGCAGAACAUUCAAUAACCAAGUGGUCACAGUUCAUUGAGCAGAUGGAAGAUCAAGUUGCAGCAGUCCUUCAAGAAGAGAGAGAAGAGAUGGCCUUAAGAAAAGCUGAAAUGGAGGUUACAAAGGCGGAAAAUAUGAUUGCACAUAAAGAUGAGAUAUUUUCCCGGCCUAAAAGAACAUGGUUCGUUACUGAAAAGGAGAAGAGGGUUGUUGCAAAGAAUGCCAAGGCUGCUGCAGAAAAUGGAGGGAAACCUGGUCAUGAGGUUGUUAGUGCCCAACAAGCUGAGGAUCAUAAGAUGAAGGAAAAGAGAAAGCGAGAAAAGGAGAAAAAUCUCCCAAGGAAACAGAGAAGGAAACUUGAAGCAGCGAGAGAGAGAUUAGACGAUGAAGAAGAAGAAGACGAGGGUGGAAGGAAUGGAAAAAAUAAGAAAGAGAAAGGUGGAAUAUCACUGGUUGAUCUUGCUUAUAGAAGGGCAAAAGCAGUUAAGGCCACCAAGAGAGCACUGGAUUCUGGAAAGAUUGUAGAACGAAACAAGGGCAAGAACAAGGGAAAGAAAACGAAGAAUGGUCCUCCAGCAAAUCAAUCAAGAACAGAGGAGAUGGAAGAGCUGUUCCAUGGCGAUAUGAGUGAGAAGAAACAGAAAAGAGGGUUUACUGAAUCUGGUACUAAGAAGAAGUCCUCGUUUAAGAGCAAAUCCAGGUACAAGAGAAGAUAGAUAAUGAAGAAUUCAGGUCUUUUAAGCUUGUUUAGAUGAAAGCUUUAAGUUUUUGGAGAUUGACACUGCUGGGGUGGAUUUGAGUAGGUUAUAUAAAGAAGAUGGCAAGCAUCACCUGCAUGGAUGAUAUGCAUGUACAUCUUUAUUAUCUAUCAAUGACAUCUCUUUCUUUAUACAAUUUUGUCAAAAAGAUAAUCAAUAGCUUGUUAUUUUAUGCAUAUGUUGGA